AUGGCAUCCUAUUCCUCGAAAUGGAUCAAAGUGUCUGAACCUGUCCCCCAUGUUCUUCUCAUUGAAUUGGCCAGAGCACCGGUAAACGCAUUCUGUACGGAAUUUUGGGUGGCGUAUGGAAAGCUCUUUGAUACACUAACGGCCGAUGGGUAUGAUGUCCGCGCCGCUGUGAUAACAUCCGCCUUUCCCAAGUAUUUCACCGCUGGUCUUGACUUGCACGAUGCCUCUGCUCUAGGAUCAUCCGGCGCAGACACCUCACUCGACUCAGCUCGCGCCUCGCUCUCCACCCGCAAACAUUUACUCGCAUUCCAAACCGCCAUUGGCGCUCCAGAACGUGCCCCUUUCCCUGUAAUUGCUGCAAUUCACGGUCAUUGUAUCGGCCUCGGUGUAGACUUGAUUGGAGUGUGUGACAUCCGGUAUGCGGCCAAGGACACCAAAUUUUCUAUCAAGGAAAUCGACAUUGGACUAGCCCCCGACAUCGGGUCUCUCGCCUUUCUCCCAAAAAUCACAGGGAACCAUUCGUUGGUUCGCGAGCUCACGUAUACCGCUCGAGUCUUCUCAUCGGACGAGGCACGAGAGCUGGGGCUGGUUUCUCGCGUUGUUGAAGGAGGCAGGGAUGAGGUUGUGAAGGAAGCUUUGGCGUUGGCCACCUUUGUGGCUGGAAAAAGCCCCGUCGCUGUUUCAAGUGCCAAACAUCUCAUCACCCACUCACGAGAUCACAGUGUUCCGGAGAAUCUCGCAUAUACAGGAGCAUGGAAUGCUGCCGCGUUGAUGACCAAUGAUAUCCGAGAUAAUCUCUUGGCCACAUCGAAGAAGGAGAAGGCCAAGUUUGCUCCUUUGGCUGUGCAGACGAAGCUUCCAAAACUAUGA